GGAGAGAAGAAGGGAAGCUAUCUAGCAACGACGAAAGCGACCGAAGGAUGCUCAUCAUUUCAGCAUGUGGUGACUGAGACUGAAGCCUGAAGGCACAGCGGGUCCGGCAGCAGCAGCAGCCAUCAAGCUUAGAUGAAGGAUGAAGAGCCCAGUGCACAGAUGCAGGGAUGUGGAGCACAACCGCGCGCAGGCCGCAACCUUGGCGGGAGGCAACUGCCUACAGAACGAGCAGCGCAUCCCCAUCUCCAAAGACGUCAUCACUUCCUCCUCUGCCUCCGCCAUGUGGUUCAUCAGGGACGCUUGCGGCAUCGUGUGCGCCGUCAUCACCUGGAUACUGGUGUUGUAUGCCGAGUUCGUGGUGCUGUUCGUAAUGCUGCUGCCCUCCAAGAAUCUGACGUAUAACAUUGUGAACGGGACUCUGUUCAAUAUUCUGGCCUUCCUCGCCCUUGCCUCGCACCUCAGGGCCAUGUGCACUGACCCUGGGGCGGUGCCAAAAGGGAACGCCACUAAGGAAUACAUAGAAAGCCUUCAGCUGAAACCGGGGCAGGUGGUCUACAAAUGUCCCAAGUGCUGCAGCAUCAAGCCUGACCGAGCGCACCACUGCAGUGUUUGCAAACGCUGCAUACGUAAGAUGGACCACCACUGCCCCUGGGUUAACAACUGCGUCGGGGAGAACAACCAAAAGUACUUUGUGCUAUUCACAAUGUACAUUGCACUCAUCUCUCUCCACUCUAUGGUCAUGGUGGUCUUCCAUUUCCUCUACUGUUUUGAAGAUGAUUGGACAAAGUGCAGUUCCUUCUCUCCUCCAGCAACAGUCAUACUCCUCAUACUCCUGUGCUUUGAGGCGCUCCUCUUCCUAAUCUUCACCUCUGUGAUGUUCGGCACCCAAGUCCACUCCAUCUGUACCGACGAGACCGUGAAGGAUAGUUUAGUAUCGUAUGUGACUGCUGGUAUGAUGGUGCCAAGUCUUGCAGGGGAUCGAGCGUCUGAAGGGAGAGACUGGGAGAUGGGCGAAGGUGCCAUGUCGAGAAGCCAUGGAGGUGGCGUUUGGUGGGUCGUUCUCCCUGUCCUGGUGCAGCCCCUUCACAGGGCUGAGCUGCAAGAAGAGCUCUCAGGAACUCAUUGCCAUCCCACAGGGGGAGAUCAUUGAGCAGGACAUCAUUGAGAUACCACUCAACUAGUACUGCCUGCUGUCAAGGAGACAUUUUAUUAGUCUGGCAGCGCUUCACUACGGCUGGGCGAGCAUGCCAGACUUUUUCAGGGUUUUCUAAAUAGCAAAAAAACACCCAGAAUUGGAUUUUUAUUUAUAUUUUUAUCUGAUUUUUAAUAAAUCUAUACAAGAAAAAUAAAAUCACAUUGGACAUAACCACUAUAUCUCCCAGUGUCAAUGCAGUGUCAUGUGUAAGGUGGAAAGGGUAGCAAACCUUUUGUGAAUACUUAAAACAUCUCAGCUCUCUUUAAAGGACUAGUCUGUAGGGAUUUCAUUUUUCAUUUUUAUUUGAACAGGGACAGUGCGCAAUAAAACAUCAACCCUGUAUAAAACAAGGAGAGAUGCAUUGCACCGGGUUUUAGCAAGUUGCUAUUUUCCACCCGUAGUCCCUGGGCAGGUUGAUGGAACAUUUAAUUUCAAAUCAUUUAGUGCAGUGGUCUCCAACCCCUUCUCCUGGAGAGCUACUGCCCUGCAUGUUUUAGGUCUUUCCCCACUCUAACACACCUGAUUUUAAUAACUAACUUGUCAUCAAGCCCCUUGACGAGCUUCAGCUGUUUGAUAAUGAGCAAUACUUAAAAUCAGGUGUGUUAGAGAGAUACCUAAAACAUGCAGUGCAGUAGCUCUACAGGAGCAGGGUUGGUGACCACUGAUUUAGUGACAUCUAAUGGUGAGGUUGCAGAUUGCAAGUAGCUGAAUACCCCAAACCUAUUCCUUCCAAGUGUGUAGGUGGCUACGAAACUUUAAAAAACAAAA